AACCAGCUAUGAAUAAAUACCCGCCUCUUUUAACGCAGGUCCACAUCCCUAGCUACUGACUCUGUCUCUGAUCUCUCCCUCGAUCUCUCUCUCUCUCUCUAUCUAUCUGUCUCUGCAUGCAUGGUUAGGGUUUUCCCGGUGCAGCAAUAUUCCUUAGGUACGGCAUGAAGGCCAUGAUCAUGGCCGGGGGUGAGACUCACACAUUUAGCCAUGUGAGCUCUAGACCAACUACUCCGAUGAUCUGCCGACGAACUCACAAGGCUCACCCUUUUAGCGUUUUUUAUGGAGCAAACCCUUUGGAUUACUCCUUCACCCUAGUGUUGUUAGAGAUCGUUUGUGUCAUCCUGAUCAGUCGUCUCGUUCGCUUUCUUCUCAAGCCUCUCAAACAGCCUAGGGUUGUUUCAGAUUUAAUCGGCGGUAUAAUCAUUGGACCCUCCGUUCUGGGACGCAACAAGAAGUUCGCCGCAUAUAUGUUCCCCGAAAAUUCCAUAUACGUGUUGGAAAAUGUCGGAUUGAUAGGUUUCAUGUAUUUCCUUUUUGUUUGCGGCGUGAAAAUGGAUCUCUCGCUAAUAAAGAAGGCAGGAAAAAAACAUAUGUUUAUUGCAUUGGUAGGAGUGACCGUUCCUACGCUAAUAGUUACAGCGGUUGCACUCAUUCUACGUAGUCAAAUGGAUAAAGAGCUUGCGUUGUUUUCUUCGAUUGGAGCAGUUUCUUCAUCUAUGGGUAUAAUAGCAUUUCCUUCCCUGUAUCCAACUCUUCAAGAGCUAAACCUCCUAAGCUCAGAGAUUGGACAGAUGGCAUUAUCCAUAUGCUUGAUAGGCGAUGCAAUUGGGGUUAAUGCCAUUCUAGCAUUUGAGGCAGCAAAACAAGGGGAAGGAGAAGCCAUAGAUGCGUUGUGGUAUUUGAUAUCUUUGGUGGUUUUGGUGACUUUCAUUGUAACUGGGGCUCGGAGAGUUUUCCUGUGGAUAAUUAGAAAAACUCCAGAAGGGAAACCUGUUGAUCAAGGUUAUGUGGUUGCGAUUCUGUUGGGGGUUUGCGUGAUGGCAUUUCUGACGGAUAUGUUGGGCAUUGCCAUUCUAAAUGGACCUAUGUGGCUGGGACUGGUAAUACCAGAUGGCCCUCCCCUGGGAGUCACGCUCGUGGAAAAGAGCGAAACAAUCAUAAUGGAUCUUCUUUUGCCAUUUGCAUUUGCAUUUCUAGGACUUUUCACGGAUGUUUCUGUAAUGUUUGCAGCUGGGUGGUCAAGCUUGGCCCCCUUAUUUUUCAUGGUUGUAGUUGGGUUUACGUCCAGACUGCUUGGGACGCUGUUGCCUUGUGUCUUCUUCGAUAUACCCAUCAGAGAUAGUCUCGCUCUCAGCUUCAUUCUGAGCUUAAGAGGCCACGUUGAGCUUGUGGUGUAUCUCCAUUGGAUGGACAAAUUGAUUAUAAAGCAGCCACAGUUCACAAUGCUGGUGCUAUUAAUGAUAAUGGUGACUGGCAUAUCUACACCUAUGGUCCGCAUCCUCUAUGAUCCGACAAAGCCGUACAUGGUCACUAAAAGGAGAACCAUUCAACACACUCCACAAGACAAGGGACUUGGCGUGGUACUUUGCAUACAUAACAAGGAAAGCGUGGCUGGUUUCAUCAAUCUUCUUGAGGUCUCCAAUCCAAGUUCUAGCCGCCCAUUCUCAAUCUUUGCACUCCACCUCAUUGAGCUUGUUGGCCGUGCUGCCCCCUUGUUUUUUGACCAUGAGCAUAAGAAAGUGCCUGCCAAAUAUGCAGCAUAUGACGCCAUCCACAAAGCCUUAACGUUCUAUCAGCAAAGUCGCAGUGAUUCCAUCAAGCUCCAUUCAUUCACAGCCGUGUCGCCAAAGCUAUCCAUGUACCAAGACAUUUGUAAACUUGCUCUUGAAAACAAAGCCGCUCUUAUCCUCUUGCCCUUCCACAAGGAACGCUGGGAAGAGUUUGGAGGGAUGGAGCUAGUGCGAGCAGGAGCAGUUCGGUCUGUAAACUUCAGUGUCUUAAACCACGCACCUUGUUCUGUUGCAAUUCUUGUGGACAAAGGUGGAUUUCGAAAGCCGUUUCCCACCCUUGCCUCCAAUCAUUCUCUCCACUUGGCUGUGGUAUUUUUGGGAGGAGCAGAUGCUCGGGAGGCCCUUGUUUAUGCAGAUAGGAUGGCCGAGAACAACAACGUGUCUCUCACUGCAGUAAGGUUCCUUGCCCACCGACCUGAAAAAUAUAAUGAGAUGGAAAAAAAGCUAGAUGAUGGACUAGUUACAUGGUUUUAUGUAAGAAAUGAGAAAAAUAAUAGGGUGAGUUACAGAGAGGUGGUGGUGACGAACGGUAAUGAAACAAUGGCCGCAAUUAAGGCCAUGGAUGUUGUUGAUUCCUUUGACCUUUGGAUAGUAGGAAGAAAAAAGGGCAUCGCUCCAGUCCUCAUCGAGGGAAUAGGAGAUUGGAGUGAGAAUCAUGAAUUGGGAGUGAUUGGGGACUUUCUUGCCUCGGCAGAUUUUGGUAGUUCUGCCUCUGUGCUUGUGGUACAACAGCAAAUUAUGAGAGGGAGCUAAUUAAUUAAGCAGGCUGGCCGCUGGGUACUUCACACCAGGGACAAGAUGCGUUUUAUGUUGCGGAAUUUUGCAUGUUGUGUUUCUUAGAUGCACUUGGCCUAGUGUUGCUUGUCAGGAUGCUGGUUUAUACAAAAUGCUGCUACUUAUAUAUAUGUUCUGCUAGCCUAUACCAAAGUACUGCUACUCCUCAACCUAUCAUGUCCAAAUUGGCUUCUUGCUUUUUAUAGCUGUUGAAUGACUGGCGCCAUUCUCUUGCACUGUUGGCAAUGCUAUGCAUUCUGUUGUAAAUUAACCCUCUGUUUAGUGAAUUCAUACACUGUAGCAUAUAUUGAGACUCUACCCAGAAAGCUUCCCUUUAUAUGCUGCUACACUUUGUACAGGAUUUACAUAAUGUUCCCUGAUAUGAUUAUUUCCCUCCCUCUCCAAUAUCCCUGGAGAGCAUAAUUGAACUCAAAUUGCAUUAAA